AUUUACAUUCAAACAAAUUCUCACGAAAAACAUAAAACUAUAACUUAAUUAAAUAUUUAAAACCAUGUUUAAACAAUCGCUGGCCAUUGUAUUACUGAUCGCCUAUCAGUGCGAAUGCGAGUUUGAUUACAGCCAGUACUGGCCGGGAGGCAAAACAACCGGCGCUCCCAUUGUGUUGGAGUGUGGGGUCGGACUCAUACCAAUCAACGGCGAGAAUAACGGCACACGCGAUGCGGCGCCGGGAGAGGUGGCCUUCCAGGUGUCCCUCCAGAAGAAGGUCAGUGGAAAGUGGGCGCACGCAUGCGGUGGGGUUGUGGCCACCAAUGGCUUUGUCUUGACCACAGCCAGCUGUGUCGGCGGAUCAAACACCGAGGCGUUCACGCGCUCAGAGGCCGGUAACGUGAACCUAACGAAAGGCGGGUGGACUCGUAGACGCCGGGCCUCAUACCCGGGCCAACAGCAACCGGGCGUACAGUACACCAUGAAGAGCACGAUUCACCCCGAUUACGACGAGAUCACUCUGGCCAACAACGUGGCACUCGUAGGGUUGGCCCAACCGUUUGACGUUCAGGCGGCCGCCGGUGCCAUAAACACCGUAUGUCUGCCCGAAUCGGCCGAAGAGGAUCACUCCGAGGACCAGCACUACGUGAGCGGUUGGGGUGCCAUCGAUGGUGUCGUCGAGUUUAAGCCCAAACUACAGAUAGUAAAGGCCAAUGUGGUUGAGUGCGAACCGUCGGCCACAGCGUUGGCCAACCAGUUGUGUGUUGUCCAGGAUUUGGACGACUCGGUCGAGGACUGUGUGGGAGACUUCGGUGGCCCACUGUUUGCCACAAAUGGCAACACAUCCACACUCAUUGGUCUCUACUCUUCGGGCACCGGUUGUAGCGCUAAUAAUACGGCCAAAUUCAUCGAUGUUAAACCGUAUGUGACCUGGAUCAAAGACAACUCCAAACCCACCUAUGGAAAAUAGAGUCAAAUGAUUUUAUAACAAUUUUACAUUAUUUAUAAAAAAUGACAUCUUUAUUUUAGUUAGAUAUCAAGUAUUUUAUAUAAA